AUGGCGGCGGCUUCUUUUUUCCCGCCGGAUUGCACGCGCUCUAGGCCAUCAACGCCGGCAAGAUCUUUGCAAAGAGGACGAUCUCCCUCUAGGGAGGUCUCGGGUGGUGAGAUUUACCGGAGAUCGCGGUCCAGAUCGCGAUCACAGAGUGGCGGACUGAGACAAGGACUCUCGGACAGUGACGGGAGGGAUUCUGAUCAUGGAUUGGGCAAGCAACGAUCGCGUGUUGGUCAUUCUCAAGAUCGACAUGGGCAGGAAGGAAAUCGGAGCGCUGGAAAUCCGGUGAUCGCGGGUUCCAAAGUUUCUGGAACAGGGGAUGCAAAAAUAGGGGCGUUGCAUUCGCGAGGAGAUUCUCUGAAGUCCGUAUCUAGGGCUUUGGAUUCUUCGAUCUUGCGGAUUGAUAAUCCGGUGUUUGUUCUCGAAGAACACAUAGAGACGUCUCUCCAUCCAAGAUCAAUCGAUGAGGGAUUCCGACGGCAUCUUGGUUGGGAUGAUGGUCUCCCUUCGAUUCUGCAAUCCGAACUUCCUUGGGUGCGUGAUCAUGCGGGACGAUCGGAUAGUGAAGUGGCCCGAUCGGAUUCUGUCCAUCGUGAUAUUCAGCUGGUCAUGGUUGAAGUCUCUGAAGGUGGCCGAGAGAUGCAGGUGGUUUCUGGAUAUCAAGGAGCAGGGAGGGGAGGUCUUCAAGGGGGCUAUCAUGGGCCCCAUUAUGCGGUAGGGAGUUCAUGUGAGGGUGCUGGUUUUGGUGGUGGGUACUUGGCUGAUUUGGCUACUGUUCAUGAACAUGCAAUUGGGCUAUGGCCGAAUGCCCAAUCCUUAGGGUAAGUUUAGUGUUGGAGAGGGUGCUGGGAUUGAGCCAAAGGGGGGUGCGGGGUUCGAAUACCCCAAGUUCAAUGGUAAUGGUAGUCGAGAGGAUUUGAAGAGACCGAUUGGUCGGGGGAAAUUGGGAACAAAAAGUCAUGGGCGAGUAUUGUCGAUGCCAGGAGCCUGCGUAAGCAAACGACUGGAGUAUAUUCCCCCGCGCAUCCAGGAGAAUGGUAUCUUUAUGAUUCAGUUCUCUGAUGAUGUUUUAGAGGAAGGGUAUGAUUAUUGGAAGAGCACUCCAGUUGGUUAUUUUAUUGAGAUGAGCCUCCCAUUUCAAGUAGUUUAAUCCAUUACUCGAAGGAUGUGGCAAAGGUCUUUGAAGACAAGUACAAGUACACAUAAGCACAUACACGAGAACACACAUACAGGAGACACAAGAUACAUACACAAGCACAAGUGAAUGAAAUUGUUUUGACAAGCUCUCAAAGAAGAUCCAUAUUCACAAUCCUUGAUGUGCAUUGUGGUGUGAAAAGAAGAAGCAAGCUAAGCCUCAUCUUUUUAGCUCUCCCCACCUCUAACCAAGAGGUUUGUACAUCCAUUUGGUAAGUUAUUUCAUUACGUUCAAUCUGUUGGGUUGUAAAAGAUAAGGUUUAUUUAUCUUGUUAAUGGUUGUAAGGUUUGAGUUUAGCCUUAAAACUCAUUGUGGUGUAAGGUUUGAGUUGGGCCUCAAAACUUAGUGUGUCAAGGUUUGAGUUGAGCCAUAAAACUCAUCAUGUACAAGGUUUUAGGGUGAACCGUGGUAAAACUCUUGUUGUGAUUGAUCACUAGUGAAAGUGAUUGUGUUUGAAAAUCCUUUAAGUGAGUAAGCUUGAAGGUAAUGGAUUAGGCGGGGUGUCGAACCACUAUAAAUCUUAUGUGUACUUGUUUUA